UUUUUACAUAUUUUUUUCAUUCUUAACCCAUGAUAAGAGGAAGAAAUCAAUUCCCCUGCGAGUGUUUCAAAACGCCAAUCAAAACCCCCAGCAAGCACCAAUCGUAAACCGGCUGUGAUUGGUCCGUAGCUGGCGAGUUGCCGGUUACCUCACCAUUUAAGAAAAAUUUCCUGACGCCUAGCGUCAGUGUUGCGCAGACCUGCAUGGGGUGUACAUUGUCAGGCAUCGCCAGUAAGAAAAGCAAUAGCAACAUGUCUGAAAUUAAGAUUCAGGAUCUGGAGGAUAUCGCCAACAAGCUGAGGAUCCACUCCAUCAAGUGCACGCAGGCCUCUAACUCCGGACAUCCAACAUCAUGUGCAUCCAUGGCAGAGAUAACGUCCGUGCUGUUCUUCCACACAAUGCGCUACAAGGUGUCUGCCCCAAGGGAUCCCAGCUCAGACCGUUUUAUCCUCUCAAAGGGGCAUGCUGCUCCCAUCCUCUAUGCUGCCUGGGCGGAGGCAGGACUGUUCUCUCCGGAUGAUCUGAUGAACUUGCGUAAAAUAGACAGUGACCUUGAGGGUCACCCAACCCCACGUCUGAACUUCAUAGACGUUGCUACAGGCUCUCUUGGCCAGGGUUUGUCUGUGGCCUGUGGUAUGGCUUAUGUUGGCAAGUACUAUGACAAAGCCUCGUACAGAACAUAUUGCCUGAUUGGUGAUGGCGAGAGUGCUGAGGGCAGCAUCUGGGAGGCUCUAAGCUUUGCUGGGAUAAAGAAACUAGAUAACCUUGUGGCAAUCUUUGAUAUUAACCGUCUGGGCCAGUCAGAACCAACUGCCUUCCAGCAUGAGAUGGAUGUUUACCAAGCUCGCUUAGAGAGCUUUGGGUUUAAUGCACUUGUUGUAGAUGGACAUGAUGUGGAAGCUCUGUGUAAGGCAUUCCAUGAAGCAUCUCAGACAAAGGGUAAGCCAACUGCUGUCCUAGCAAAGACUUACAAGGGUCGUGGCUUCCCAGAGAUUGAAGACAAAGAGAACUGGCAUGGUAAGCCUCUGGGAGCUAAGGCUGAGGAUGUAAUUGCACACAUUCAAGCUCUAAUUAAGAAUGCAGGACCCAACAACUUAGUCCCUCAGAAGCCUCUACGUGAAAAUGCUCCCGAGGUGAAGAUCUCUGACAUAAAGCUGUCGUCUCCACCAAAUUACAAAAAAGGUGAUAAAGUGGCUACAAGAGAAGCCUAUGGCAAGGCACUUGCCAAAUUGGCAGAAAACAACAAAAGUGUUAUUGCCCUUGAUGGAGAUACAAAGAAUUCCACUUUCUCAAAUGGCAUUAUGAAAACUGAUCCUGAAAGGUAUAUAGAGUGCUUCAUCGCAGAACAAAACUUGGUGGGUGUUGGCAUUGGAGCUGCCUGUCGUGACCGAACUGUGGCAUUUGUGUCCACUUUUGCUGCUUUCUUCACUCGUGCCUUUGAUCAGCUGCGUAUGGGAGCUAUUUCACAGACCAAUAUUAACUGUGUUGGGUCACAUGCUGGCAUCAGUAUUGGUGGAGAUGGUCCCAGCCAGAUGGCUCUUGAGGACUUGGCCAUGUUCCGCACCAUCCCGACUGCCACAGUAUUCUACCCAUCAGAUGCAGUGUCCACUGAACGUGCUUGUGAGCUGGCUGCAAACACUCCUGGUAUCUGCUUUAUACGUACUUCUCGCCCUGGGACCACAGUAGUUUAUGACAAUGAUCAUAAGUUUGAGCUUGGGAAAGCAAAGGUGAUAAAGUCCUCUGAUAAUGAUGAAGUCCUGGUGAUUGGAGCAGCCAUCACCUUGAGGGAGGCACUAACUGCUGCAGACCAGCUCCUUGAUAAUGGGACCAAUGUGAGGAUCCUGGAUCUUUUCACCAUAAAACCCAUUGACAAAGAUGGCAUUAUUGAGAAUGCUCGGGAGUGUGGUGGACGCAUCAUUGUUGUAGAGGAUCAUUACCCUGAAGGUGGCAUUGGUGAAGCAGUUAUGUCGGCAGUUGCCACUGAGCGAGACAUCAUUGUACGUCAUUUGGCUGUUCCUCGUGUUCCACGUUCUGGAAACUGUGAUGAAUUACUGGACAUGUUUGGUAUCUCUGCUUCAGCCAUUGUCAAGGCUGUCAAUGAGAUUAAGAGUUUGUAGUUACAAACACACAAUUGAUGCACAUUGGUCAAAACGUUAUAGGUUUUUAAACCGCAAUGGCCUUGGAAGAACCUUGAUGGUUUAGGACUAAUUAGGCAGAAUAUUUAAUGUUAUUGUCUAAUAAUGAAGUUCUUGUUGACAUUUGGUGACCUAAUGAGUUACUUAAAGUAAUUCAUGGAUAUUAAGGUGACACUUAGAGAACAUUCCACCACAAAGGGGGCCAGAAAUGAUUCCAGUUAUAGAUGUUAUGGCAAAUGGAUAGUAGCAGUCACAUUCCAGUAACUGAUCAACUAAGAAGCCUGUUUGUAACUAUGCUUUGCUUUUUGUGCAGAAAUGUUAAUAUUGUGAAGGCUUUGUUUUUAGUCACCCAUUGUGGGAGGAGAUUAAAGCACCUCAAUGUUAUGAACUGUAUUUUUUUAUUAAAUGAAAAACUUUCAUUGGCAGAUUUUAGAAACUUAAUUUCUACUGCAUGCGGAAGUAGCCUUCUAAAAUUGAAGUCUCCAUUUAUUACUUUGCAUAUGUUGUUUAAAGUGAAAAUAUUUAUAGUUUAUUAUAUUGCAAGAAAGUGUAACUAAUUAUAAUAAGAUAAAGUCUU